GGCGAUGUUGUGGUGGCUCUGAAUCCAUGGAGACCAGACGAACUCAUUUGCAAGAGAAUCACGGCAGUUGAAGGAGAGAAGAUUCCAGCAGGUUGCAGAGACCUGCACAAAACCUCUGUCAUUCCUCGCGGCCACGUGUGGUUGGAGGGAGACAACAGACUCUCUUCUUACGACUCCAGAGACCACGGGAGCUAUCCCUCUUCCCUUGGUACAGGGGAGAGUCUGGUACAAGGUUUAUCCGUUUUCAGAGAAAGGGCCGAUAAAAUGACAGAAAAAUCUCUCAUACAUCAAAUAAUAUGCAGUGUCUUUUGAUGCUUGAUGAUGUUGAAAGCAGUCAACGGAGACGAAAUUAUCCGUGCUAACAUUUCUUCCGUGAUCUUCCUGCAAAAUUUU